AUGGAGGAAGAGGAUGUCCGCUUGACUGACUCUUUCACAGAGAGUGAGAGCAAACUGGUGUUGCGCGGAUCCAUUUCUACUGUUGAAUGUGCAGAUGACAUGACAAACAUCAGCCUCGCCACUGGAAUAGAACUAUCAGCACUAGAUGACACAGACAAGUCCUUGGUCAUAGCCAACCAACCGAGACCCAGCCCAAGGAGAACGGCAGAGAAGUCUUUCCAUUCACCAUUUAAUGAUGCUCACAGUGAGCGAGACUGGUCUACUCCACUGUGUCAGUUCUCAGGAGAAAACAGAUCAUGUCUCACAAUGUGCUGCUGCUGGCCUGCUUAUCGAUAUAUGCUAGCUACAAGAUUAGGGGAAACCCCUUUCCUGCCAUUGAUACCUUGUGCCGCCUUUGCUCUUCGUGUCAAGAUUAGAACGCUAUUUGGAAUAAAAGGGUCAAUUAUCAAAGAUUUCUUCACGAGCUUGUGCUGCGAGCCAUGUGCUAUCUGCCAGAUGACUAGAGAGAUGGACAAGAUUGGACUAUAA